UUAUACGAAAGUUUCUCUGCAGUGUCAUAAAAAAAACCUAUUAUGGAUAACAUCUUUAGUUUUAGAAAUAGAUAGAUAUAAUUCAAAGAUAGUGAUAGAAAAUUAUGCCUCUGGAGUUUAAUGUUCGUGGUAUAUUCAAAGAUUUUAAUCCUAGCAAAUUCGUUGUUUAUGGAUGUCUACUCGUGUUCUGCCUUCUACUUGCAUUAAAAUUUGACAAUAGCGUGGAGUGGAGUUAUUGGAUUGUCUUUUUACCAUUAUGGAUUUGGAAAGCGCUAGUAAUAGUUGGAUGUAUCAGUGGAACAAUGAUUUGGUGGCGUAAUCCAUCCUAUAGGUUAGAAAAUGGAGCAUACACACAUUAUAAAGCUAUGAUCGUGUCCACUGGAUUACAUCUUCUCCUUUUAAUGUUUGAGCUCUUAAUGUGUGAUAAGCUAGAAAACGCAGAGUACAGGAAACAAUUGUAUUGGAUGCUAAUCUUUAUUCCUUUGGUAUUUUUAUCACUUAUAUCAUUCGCCGUUUGUUUCUGGUCUAUUAAAGUUGACAGGAAUUUUGAAUUAGAGUUGUUCUGUUCUGUCAAUGUUCUUCAAUUUAUUUUUAUCGCCCUUAAAUUGGACAAUUUUAUUAAAUGGAAAUGGGUUUUGGUGUUUAUUCCUUUAUGGCUUGUAAUGUCUGUUGCUCUUAUUGGGGUUUUAUACGCUAUCAUUCUAGCUAUAAUUCUCGUCAAGUCUUCAGAUAUUGUUCCUGAACAGAGAAGAGGAAAUUUAUUUAUUGCUAUAGGAUAUACAUGUAUGGUUAUACCACUACUAGUCUUCCAGAUUCUUUUGACGAAUAAGGAAGAUGGCUUAGAAAAUCAUACUUACUUAGCUGUUACACUUCCGUUACUCAUUUCUUUUUUUACACUUAUGAUAAUGUCUUUCGAAUCACGAAGUAGUAACUUUUGGUGGUUCGGCUUAAGAAAAGACUUUUGCUCAUGGUUGCUUGGUAUAUGUCCACUAUUACAAGAAUAUGGAAAUAUAUCGUAUAAACUACCACCUGAAGCUCCAAUCAUUGACGCAUCUCAAAAUUCCAACAGACAAGAAAAAGGGAGUUGUGCACAUAUAAAAAUUAAAAGUAUAGACGAAUCUCCGAAGCCUGUUGUACCAAUCAUUUCUAUUGACGCUCCCGAUUAG